AUGGGAGAUGACUUCAGAGAGUUACCAGGGAUAGUAAUAAGGAGCCCGGAUGUCCAAACUCCAAGCGACACUGAUUUACGCCUUUCACGAAACAACUUCGAACAGAAUUCUAACGAUCACAAUAAGAUACCCAAACCUAUUAAACCGGUAGAGGAUACGUUAUUGCAUCAAGUAAACGAUUAUUUCAAAGGCAGAGUAUUACGAGGUGAGAACGACCCUGUACCUACAUCAGAUGGAAGUCUUCUUCACCAGGUCGGCGACUUUUUCAAAGGAAAGAAAUCUUUGCACUCAGGCAAGGCAUUACGAGGUGAGAAUAACCCUGUACCAACAUCAGAUGGAAGUCUUCUUCACCAGGUCGGCGACUUUUUCAAAGGAAAGAAAUCUUUGCACUCAGGCAAGGCAUUACGAGGUGAGAACGACCCUGUACCUACAUCAGAUGGAAGUCUUCUUCACCAGGUCGGCGACUUUUUCAAAGGGAAGAAAUCAGUUAUUGCAGAUCUUGCAAUGAGAAAGUUCUCAGCCCAUUGGGUACCAAGACUUUAUCCACAGGCCAAACAACACAAAAAACAGUGUAAACCAUGUAUGCAACCUGGUUCACCCCCGUCAAAGGCAAAGACGUUCCAUCAGCUUGGAAUGUUAAGGCCUUGGUUUUCGGAGAUGCUGAUUAUAUUCUGA